GAGUUGAACUAUUCUUGUAACAUACAUGUACAUUAUUUUGUAUAGUAAUGGGUUUAUUUAGAUGCGAUGUUCGGCACACUUCGCUUUGCAUUGAUAAUCCUGGCUGGGAUUAUAUCUUGUAGAAUUCCAUAUAUACUCGAUAAAGUUGAAUGUGUAGUUGGUUCUGAGUCCCGAACACCAACAGAAUCUGUUGAACCUCUGAAAUCAGAUUCCUCGACUACCGAGGCUGGCAGUGAUCAGACUGAUAGGAUAAUCACAUUGGAGGAACUGGAAAAACAUAACACAGAAGAUGAUUGCUGGAUUGGUCUAGAAGGUGUAGUCUAUGAUGUUUCUGGUUAUGCUGAGAACCACCCUGGAGGUAAGCAGGAGAUGUUAAGAAAAGCUGGGACUAAUGUAACCGGGUUCUUUGGUUCCAUGCACCAAGGAAAGGAAUUUGAUGAAGAGAUUAAAAAAGUUAAAAAGAUUGGUGUUUUGGAUCUGCCUGCUGAAACCGAUAAAAAAAAGUGGUAUAGUUCUCUUUGUUGUUGCUGAAGAUUUUGACUUCAGAAGUGCUAUACUCACAACCAUUGAUGCUUUCAAAAAAUGCAGAGAACACUUUGAAGGACACCUGUCAGGAUCUGUUGUAGAGGCAGGUCAUGUCCGACUUUUGUUAGAGUCAGUUUAUUUCUUAUCUCACUUUUUGGCACCUCUUGUUCCUUUGUCUUGUGAAAAGGUAUUUUCACAAUUGGAUGCAGAGCAGAAGACUGUUAAAACACUGUCUCACAGUUUUAAUAAUUUAGUAG